CAAUCAAAUUGCGCUCUCCGUACACAGCAUGUACGGAAAACACAUAUAAAAGUUGUUCUUGUUAAUCGAGGAAAAUUAGGUAGUAUUGGACUAAUCAUUCUUGAAUCAAUUUCGUGCGACCAUUCGCAAUGUGGCUUGCUUUCGGAAUCCUCGCUAUUUGUGCGGCUGUCGUAUCAGCAGUUGCUAUACCAAACAGUAAGUGUGAAAAACCGCUGCGCUAUGACAGUGAAUUGAUGGAAGAAGAAAAUGGUGACACCGAACUGUUGCCGCUGCCAGAAGCGGAAACGACGAGCGUUCAGGACGAACCGCUUUGGCUCAACAACAAUGCAUCCAAUGAGAGGAAAAAGAAACAAGUUGCACAGUUUGAAGAUCAGGAAACCGCCGCGACCCGCACUGCAGAGCUAAGCAGAACUGGGAAGCCAGCGGAAAAUAAUACAACGAGCAAUGUGACGGAACACACAGUGAUUGUUCCAACCUCAGAGGUGAAAUCGCCUAGGCAGCCGGCCAACGCUGCAAUUGGCAAAAACGAAACACUGAAUCAGCAGUGGGGCAAUGGCAGCGUGAUACUACGAGCCGGUCAAUUCCUUGCGGCUAACACAAGCUACUAUUCUCCAUCACGAACGUACCGAUUAAUCCUGCAGACCGACCAGAAUCUAGUCCUGUACCGGAAAUGCGAUGGGCGUGCGGUGUGGGCCUCGGAGACGGUUGGACUGCCUCCGCUACGCGCCGUACUGAAUAGUGAUGGACAUUUUGUCCUCGGGUCAUGGGGCAAUAACAGCGACCAUCUCGAGAGAUCCUACUGGUCCACCGAAACCUGGGGGUAUGGCGAAUCGAGACUCCUGCUGUCGGAUCAGGGCUACUUCUACCUCUGUAACGAUGAGAAAGGAUGCUACUGGCGCUCCUCACGGUCCACGGGCACUGAAAGUUGGCAGUGUGGUGGGUGGGUCAGCAUUGUUCCAGCAGAAUCGCUCCAUUACCGAGUGAUAGUCAAAGUGGGAAAUGAUAUGGAAUUAAAUAUUUCACACGACUCUCCUAAUAGAAAAUUUAGCUUGGCAUUAUCCCGUUACAACAAACAGCAACUGGUGGUGUGGCGCGGACAGGAUAGUCGAAUUACUUUUAAGGCUGCCGCACAGAAAAACAUUAGCCACAUUCGACUGCAGGAAGACGGGAAUCUCGUCAUAUACAGCUUGGAAAAUCAGCCGCUGUGGUCCUCCAUAACGAACGCACCGAACUACGAGUACGAAAAUCCCGAGUUGCGGCUGUACGAUGAUGGUUUCCUCUAUCUGUGUGACAACCGCGGAUGUUAUUGGCAGUCAAGCGGAUUUCUUGAUGUUGUAAACGCGAACAUUGAUAAACGCUUAAGUUUUCUGCUCAGAAAUAUUGGAUAGCACUGAAACCAAAUUAUAAAAGAAUAUUAUUGGCGAAAAACAUGAUUUCGUGUCUUGUGCCUGUUUCUGUCUUGGUUUUAUUUCAGCAAAUCUAGUUUACGAAGUCUGUGCUUUUUUGCAACGUCGAUCGUUAUUGUAACUAAGUAAAGAUUGAUUGGUUGUUUUUACAAUUCAAUCUAUUUUUUUGCGCGGUGAUGUUUGAUGGAGUCCAGGAAGAUAUGGCACUAUUAAAAGCCGCUUGUAUCUUG